UAAGGAAGUGAAGAGGGGUGAGAAUUAUGUGGUUCUUAAGUUAUAGUGUUGCAGGAACCACUAACAUUUGUAUAUCUUAUCUCAAAUCUCAAUCUACAAAAAUGAAAGAAGAUAAAUUGUAUAUAUAUACAUGAAAAUUUCCAUCCAUUUGUUUCUUAGUUGCUAUUCUCUGCUAAAAUGGCUACUCAUGCAGCUCUUGCUUCUUCAAGAAUUCCUACUAACACUAGAAUUUCUUCCAAAUCCUCUUCUCACUCUUACCCAUCAUCUCAAUGCUUCUCCAAGAGAGUUGAGGUUGCAGAUUUCUCAGGAUUGCGAUCAAGUUCGUCCGUAACUUACGCAAAGAAUACAAGAGAAGCGUCUUUCUAUGACGUCGUUGCUACACAACUCACUCCUAAGAUUGCUGCAGGGUCUGCACCUAUUAGAGGAGAGACCGUUGCUAAGCUAAAGGUGGCUAUCAAUGGUUUUGGGCGUAUCGGAAGAAAUUUCCUCCGAUGUUGGCACGGAAGGAAAGACUCACCCCUUGAGGUUGUUGUUCUCAACGACAGCGGUGGUGUGAAGAAUGCAUCUCACCUUCUCAAAUACGAUUCCAUGCUCGGAACAUUCAAGGCAGAGGUGAAGAUCGUAGACAACGAACACAUCAGUGUUGAUGGUAAGAUAAUCAAAGUUGUCUCAAACAGAGAUCCUCUCAAGCUACCAUGGGCAGAAAUGGGGAUUGAUAUCGUUAUCGAGGGAACUGGAGUGUUUGUGGAUGGCCCUGGUGCAGGGAAACACAUUCAAGCUGGUGCCAAGAAGGUUAUUAUAACUGCUCCAGCCAAAGGAGCUGAUAUCCCAACAUACGUCGUUGGAGUCAAUGAAGGAGAUUACGGCCAUGAUGUUGCAAAUAUUGUUAGCAAUGCUUCUUGCACCACAAAUUGUCUAGCUCCAUUCGCCAAGGUUUUGGAUGAUGAGUUCGGUAUUGUUAAGGGAACAAUGACCACCACUCACUCUUACACCGGAGACCAGAGACUCUUGGAUGCAUCUCACCGUGAUUUGAGGAGAGCGAGGGCUGCUGCCUUGAACAUAGUACCAACCAGUACUGGAGCAGCCAAGGCUGUGUCAUUAGUCUUACCUCAAUUGAAGGGAAAGCUUAACGGCAUUGCACUUAGAGUUCCUACUCCUAAUGUUUCCGUAGUUGAUCUAGUUAUUAACGUCGAGAAGAAGGGACUUUCAGCUGAAGAUGUCAAUGCCGCUUUCAGAAAGGCUGCUGAUGGACCAAUGAAGGGAAUAUUGGCAGUGUGCGACUUACCACUUGUGUCAGUUGAUUUCCGGUGCAGUGAUGUCUCAACCACCAUCGACUCAUCUUUGACCAUGGUCAUGGGUGGUGAUAUGGUUAAGGUGGUUGCUUGGUAUGAUAACGAAUGGGGAUACAGUCAACGAGUGGUCGAUUUGGCACACUUGGUGGCAAGCAAGUGGCCAGGUGUAUCAGUUGGAGGAAGUGGUGAUCCAUUGGAAGAUUUCUGCCAGUCAAACCCAGCAGAAGAGGAGUGCAAAGUUUAUGAAGCUUAAUUCCAUUCCUUACUAGUUGCUGUUUGGUUAAGAGUUCUCUAGUAUAUCUCUCACUGAACAAAUAUGUUGUUCAUAGAGAGGUUAAGGUUUCCCAGCGUUCUUUUUUUUCUCAGGAAAUACUUCUUUUGUAAUUGAGAAAUUUAUCUCAGCUUGAUCAGAUCAGGAAGAGAAUAAAUUAACAAAAACAAAUGUAUCAAAUUUGUGAUUAUUUGUAUAAACAAGAUCAGCUUUUCUCGGGAUAUCACCGGGGAGCAGUGUCCAUCCAUAGGAAAAGAAAUCAGUGUUUACAUA